GUCCCCUGCCAGCGCCUCCGUCCCUGCGCAGGGGGAGCGCGUGAUUGCUGUUCUCGUGCGAGGUCUCGCGGGAGGCGCCGCCGUCUGCCCCCCCUUGGUGGGAACACUAGUCCCGAGGGUGCCAGCCAAGUCACCCGCCGUUGGGGUCGACCCAGCCGUUAGAGUGCGACCCCAGGCUUCGCGCCUGGGCGCGUGGCGUUUCUGGGACUGCACCGGCCCGGAGGCACCGGCCCGGCCGGGCCCGCGGGUCCAAGGGCCGCCGGACGCGCGGCGAGGACUCGGCCGACCUUGGCGUUGCCCGGGCCGCCUUCGCGGGGGCGGGGGCGGGGGCCGCGUCGUUGAGGACGCGAGGCGUUACCUCUGCUGGCCGUGGGACCCUCGCGCACUCGGCGCGGGUGUCCGCCGGGCCCCGCUGGGCAAAGUUUCUCUCUGGCCCGGGACUGCCGGGCCGGGGCCCUCCUGGGAGCGGAGCGGGUCUGCCGAGAGAGACGGCGCGUAAAGACGCGUCCACUGGCACCGCGGAAGGGGCUGCGGCGGCGCCGAGGAAAGAUCUCAUGUUCUCAGGAAUGGCCUGAUAUGAAGGAGUCAUACCCCCAGCUUUCCCAAGCUGUCCGGUGGGUGCCUUGUCCUUCAAGUGCAGGAGCUGGCUGAACAUCAGGGAUGGAAGCCAAUGUGACUGUCCCAAUCUGGCAAAACAAGCCACAUGGGGCUGCUCGGAGUGUGGUAAGAAGAAUUGGGACCAAUCUACCCCUGAAACCUUGUCCCCGUGCAUCCUUUGAGACUCUGCCCAACAUUUCUGACCUGUGUUUAAGAGAUGUACCUCCAGUCCCUACUCUGGCUGACAUUGCCUGGAUUGCUGCAGAUGAAGAGGAAACAUAUGCUCGGGUCAGGAGCGAUACGCGUCCCCUAAGACACACCUGGAAGCCCAGCCCUUUGAUUGUUAUGCAACGUAAUGCCUCAGUGCCCAAUCUUCGAGGGUCUGAGGAGAGGCUCUUGGCCCUGAAGAAGCCAGCUCUACCUGCCCUAAGCCGAACCACUGAGCUGCAGGAUGAACUAAGCCACUUGCGCAGCCAGAUUGCUAAAAUAGUAGCGGCAGAUGCAGCUUCGUCUUCAUUAACGCCAGAUUUCUUAUCUCCAGGAAGUUCAAAUGUCUCUUCUCCUUUGCCUUGCUUUGGAUCCUCAUUCCACUCUACAACUUCCUUUGUCAUUAGUGACAUCACUGAGGAGACUGAAGUAGAAGUCCCUGAGCUUCCAACAAUCCCCCUGCUUUGUUCUGCCAGCCCUGAAUGUUGCAAACCAGAACACAAAGCUACCUGCAGCUCAUCUGAAGAAGAUGACUGCAUCUCUCUGUCCAAGGCCAGCAGCUUUGCAGACAUGAUGGGCAUCCUGAAGGAUUUUCACCGGAUAAAACAGAGCCAAGACCUGAGCCGGAGUUUACUGAAGGAAGAAGACCCUGCUGUGCUUAUCUCUGAGGUCCUUAGGAGGAAGUUUGCUCUGAAGGAAGAAGAUAUCAGUAGAAAAGGAAACUGACAGCACUGACUCUGCGCUCAGUCUCAUGCUCCUGAACUCCUUCAAUAGCUGCCUUCCUCACUGCAGAUGUCUCUGCCUCAGAAGUCUGCAACAGUCUUGCCAACGAGCUAGGGCUUGGGCUGGAAGAGAAGAGCUGGACUGUGUUACUUGCACUUAAACCUCGACAGAAGCUAAGGUUUGAGAUGAGGCAUUUGUUACAGGUAAUUGGGUAGGGUGGAGUGUCUGUUUAAGAGUUGAAGUUUCUUGUUUUUCCUAGUCUGUGUGAAAAUCGGCCCUAAAUGAAUGACACAGUUCACUGCAUUAGACUCUAUGAUUGGUCUCACUGGAUACUUUGUGCACAGCUGUCACUCAGCAGCUCCCUUGCAGCACCACAAGGCUAAGGGGGAGUGGCUGUUAUGUUCAUGUUCACAGGGGUGAUCAUAUGCUGCUCCAUCACAAUCCUACACCAAUGCCCAGCAAUCACCUUUUCGAAAACUCUUAGCUAUAGCAGUCAGGGCCCUGGAUCAGUUAAUACUUGGCUGCUGCAGGGAGGCCUGGGCUAUUUUUUUCUUAAACAUAUUUUAUAAAACUACAACCAGAUCUACCCUCCAGGGCUUCACUAUCAUCAGUUCCACUGGUUGAAUUUUUUUUCUUCCGUGGACUUAAGUCUAGGAAGAAGUGGGGAGAGAAAAGGACAUACCACCCUUCUUCUAGGACAGAAACUGAUUUCUCUGGGUUGGGUCAAGAUUUUAUUUACUGCAUCAUGCAUGACUCAGGUGCCCUCAGGGCCCUUUCUCUAUGGUAUGAAUACUGCGUGUCUGAGUUGAAAUACUACCUGACAUUAAAUGAAGGAUUUGGAGAAA